AGGGUCACCAUGUCUGCGGUGUUAUCGUUAAUCGUUUUCGGACAACAAUCCCAGCCAUCGACCGUACGUUGAAUGAGCAAAAACCAUCGCAGGGGAAUACAAAUACAAUGUUGAUUCCAGAAAUAGAUCGGAGAAUCGAAGAGAUACCAUCGGAGACGGAUGCGAAACGCAGCUAUAACACCCCAAUCUUCAGCUCGGGAUUACGGUCCGACGCUCUACCAGCUCUACCUAAUUUCACCUACAUUCCAAACAUUUCCCUCACCAAACGGAACGACUACACCUACACGCCGGGAAUCGGUGCUCAUAAGGUUCACACCGAAGCGUCUUCGUGGUCAACUGCUUGGAGGAAGUGCCGAGACGAAAAGGCCCACCUCGCUGUCGUCAACUCUCGUGCCGAAUCGGAACUAAUCGUAUCACUCCUAAGAAAAGCGGGUCCUACAAGGGGUGGGAAUUCCCCCAACCAUGCCCACGUUGGUUUUCAUGAUUUGUACGCGUACGGCCAAUGGGUGACAAUUGAUGGUCAAUCAUUGUUUGGGGCAGGAUUCAGCGAGUGGCAGGAGGGUGAACCUAGCUACCGGGACCACGGACAUGAACAUUGUGGAUCGAUCCACAUUUCAGACGGUAAACUCAACAACCAGAAUUGCAAUUUUGACUUGUCCAGCUUCGUUUGUGAGCUGCCCUAGGCUUGGCCGCCUCGUACAAUCAGAUAUUGAUUUAUCAUGCGUGUUAUGAGCAGUAUCCAUUUUACAAAUGAAGUUCUGCUGCCGAUGUAGCAAAUUGGAAUAAAUAUUUAAAACCACUA